UGAAUAAGAAAAUUGGGAAAUAAAUAAAAUAGAAAGGGGAAAGCAAGGGAAGACUUGCUCUGCGACCUAGUCGUCGUCGUCUUCCUCCACCCCUUUCCGCUUAGCUUAAUCUACCCAAAACGCGUCUCCAUUCUGCGUCAUACUUACUUUCUGAUUCCCUUCUCUCCUCUGUAUCUCAUCUCCCGCGCAAUCUGCUCUCGAUCGAGCUGUCGACGAGCUGCUACUGACUGUUCCGAUGCUGGAGGUUGCUUGGGAUGGUUAAAGAAGUCAGUUUUGGGUGGUAAUAUUAAGUGGAUUAAAAGAUUGUCUGAGGGUUACUGUGUUGGUUUCGUAGUCGUUGUUUCGAUAAAAGAUGGAAGGCUCUAAAUUUGCUGGGUUUAUGGGUGGCGGUGGCGGUGGCGGUGGUGGCGGUGGAAAUGUUAAUGGGAACAGCUACUAUGACAUGGGAUUUUACCGGAAGCUCGAUGAGGGUUCUAACAUGUCUGUAGAUAGCAUUGGAAGCCUGCAGACAAGCACUGGUGAUGGAUCCAUUGCGAUGUCUGUUCAAAAUAGCAGUGUUGGAUCAAACAACUCAAGAACUAGCAUACUGCGUCAUGGACUCCGUCUGUUUCCCGGUGCCAACUUAUCAGUGGGGCACAGUGUGCGGCCUGGUAGGGUGUUCCAUGCCAUAAAUGACGAUUCAUUGGCUCAAGCUUUGAUGGAUCCACGUUAUCCCACUGAAUCUCUUCAGAACUAUGAUGAAUGGACUAUUGAUCUCAGGAAGUUGAAUAUGGGGAUGGCCUUCGCUCAGGGUGCAUUUGGGAAGCUUUACAGAGGCACAUAUGAUGGAGAAGAUGUUGCUAUUAAGUUAUUGGAAAAACCAGAGAACGACCCUGAGAGGGCACAUCUAAUGGAGCAACAAUUUGGCCAGGAGGUUAUGAUGCUUGCAAAUCUCAAGCACCCAAAUAUUGUGAAGUUCAUUGGAGCAUGCAGGAAGCCGAUGGUCUGGUGCAUCGUGACCGAAUAUGCGAAGGGAGGAUCUGUUAGACAGUUUCUCAUGAAAAGGCAGAAUAGGUCGGUGCCUCUGAAGCUGGCUGUCAAGCAAGCUUUAGAUAUUGCCAAGGGUAUGGAAUAUGUGCACGGGCUGGGGUUCAUACAUAGGGAUCUGAAGUCUGACAAUCUCCUUAUAGUGUCAGACAAAUCAAUUAAGAUUGCUGACUUUGGAGUUGCACGUAUUGAGGUGAAGACUGAGGGGAUGACUCCAGAAACUGGAACUUACCGUUGGAUGGCACCAGAAAUGAUCCAGCACCGACCUUACAAUCAGAAAGUUGAUGUUUAUAGUUUCGGCAUUGUUCUCUGGGAGCUUAUAACGGGUGUGCUUCCGUUUCAGAAUAUGACAGCCGUGCAGGCGGCUUUUGCUGUGGUGAACAGGGGAGUUCGGCCCAGCGUUCCACCAGAUUGCCUCCCUGCACUCAGUGAAAUCAUGACCCGCUGCUGGGAUGCCAACCCUGAUGUGCGCCCUUCAUUCUCUGAAGUCGUCACAAUGCUCGAAAGCGCACAAGUGGAAAUCGUGAACACUGUUCGUAAAGCACGCUUCAGAUGCUGCACACAACCGAUGGCCAUCGACUGAGAAGGGCCGCGAGAAGAAUGCAACAUUUUGGUUGGUUCCACCUACGUCUAAAGCCUAGAUCAUGAAUGUUUGUGUCGCCGUUCGAAUGCUACCAAGUAAAAUAAGAUGUUGCGAUCUUUAUUGUAUAGAACACAAAUGAAUCUAUUAGCUUAAGCUCUGAAACUAUUUCUAGACUUCUCGGUUGACUGUUAGUUGCUGCGACUUGUAAAAUUCAGGCUAGAUCUUGUAUGCUGUGAUGGUGAAACAUGAAAGAAGAUUGAUUGCCUCAAA